AUGGUCGUCUUCGGUCGUCGUUGGUGUUGUUCACAAGAGGAGCCGAGUGAGGCGUUCCAUCCAGAGUGGAGGUACGCCGCAGAUUGGGUGCAGACGCACAGACCAGAAGAUGGAGCCGAAAUGGCCUUGUGCCAUCUCCACCCGGAGCUUGUUCAUCUGUUGUGA